CCAAUCAUUUUCUUCAAAUCAAAAGUCAGGAGUCUUAAAUCGCCAUUCGAUUCGAUCGACUCGUCAAAAGGAACCGGAUUUAAAGAUUCGAUUCAGGAGUCGGUGUUUGGUUUACAGGCAGACAGCUCGACCCAAACCCUGCUCUCUUCCUCAUCAUGGCAACCGCAGACUGGGCUCCGGACGCGUUCUCUUGCCCCAUCUGUCUGGACGUCCUGAAGGACCCGGCCACCCUUCCCUGCGGUCACAGUUACUGCCUGCUCUGUAUCCAGAAGCACUGGGAUCAGGCGGCGAACAAGGGCUCCUACGAAUGUCCUCAGUGCAGACAGCGUUUCAAACCGAGGCCGGUCCUGGCCAGAAGCAACGUGCUGAUGGAAGCUCUGGAGAAGCUGAGGCUGGGCAGGCCGGACGGCACGGACGCCCCUGUCUCGGGUCCCGCGGGGCCUCAGACCGGGCUCUAUCCCUCUCUGCCCUCCGGCUCUCCGGAGCUCUGCCCUCUUCAUCAGCAGGUGCUGGAGCUGUACUGCUGCGAGGACAAACAGUGCGUCUGUGACGAGUGCAGCCUUCUGGGACACAAGGGCCAUCGGGUGGUGCGUCCAGACCAGGAACGGCAGGAGAUUCAGCAAGAGCUGAAGAAAGUGAGCGAUCGGAUACAGGGGAGCAUCGCAGAGCGAGAGAAGCUCCUGGAGAGCCUCCCUCAGGUCUCUCAAGCGCACGAGAGCUCGGCGCAGCAGCUGCUGGCGGACAGUCAGGCGGCGUUCGAGGACGUGUUGAAGAGCGUCGAGCUCAGUCACUCUCAGGUGCUCCAGCUUCUUCAGACGCACCAGACAUCGGCCAGCAGCCGCCUCCAGGCCCAGACCUACAGCCUCCGGCAGGAGAUGCUCGGCCUGCAGCAGAGACGAGAGGAGCUGAGGAGACUGGACGGCAUCCAGGACCCCGUCGCCUUCCUGAACACAUUCAUGGCCUUAGAUCCUGUGGAGGAGGCUGGACAUGCAGCGCUGGAGAUCUGGAGUCCUGAGUCGGUGAUAUCUAGGGUCAGACUGUGUCUGGACGCUUACAGACAGACCGCGCUCAAUCUUACCAAAACCAACCUGGCCAGCAUCUUUAGAGUGGUCAACGACGGCGCUGCUCAAGUACAUUCCCCCGGUCCGGUCUCCAGUAACCCACAGCCGUCCUCACAAAACAGCACAGAAGUGAAGUUGGACUCGGUGAAAACAGAGGAUGAACCCGAAGCCCGAGCUUCCUCCGCUGCAACACAAGAGCAUCACAAGACACAAGCGUGUUCCUCCGCCAGUCCACUGGAGGCGUCAGCGUCCUGUUGUGUGUCUAAUCCAGCUCCGAAAACAAGAGAGGAAAUGCUGAAAUUCCGCAUCGAGCCCACACUGGACCACUGCAGUGCUUUCCGCCACAUUCGUCUGUCUGAAGGAUAUCGCAAGGCGACGCUCUGCGCGGAGAACCAGAAUUAUCCGGAUCAUCCGGAGCGCUUCAUGUUCUGGAGGCAGGUGAUGUGUGUGGAGCAGCUGGCCGGCAGCCCGUAUUACUGGGAGGUGGAGUGGACGGGACAGAGGGUGACGAUUGGUGUGGCGUAUAAAGACAUGAAUCGCUCCGCGUCGGACGACAGUGCCAGACUGGGUCACAACACGCAGUCCUGGAGCCUCUACUGGUCCGGCAAGGCCUUCUCCAUGUGGCAUGAUGGGAAGGAAACGGCGCUGGUCGCUCCCAAAGCCAAGCGCAUCGGCGUCUAUCUGGACCAGCAGACCGGCGUGCUGGCAUUUUACAGAGUCUCGCAUAACCAGGCCCAAGAAAUAUGCUGCGUUCACACUCACUUCGACAGACCUCUCUUGCCCAGUUUCCGCUUCUGGUCUGGAGUCGGCUCCUCCGUCGCCGUCUGUGAGCUCAGCUAGAGAGAAGACAGAAAUGUCGGCCAUUAAACGCACAGCCUUACUGCAAUCUUUAUCUGUUCACAAUAAAACACCAACACUAACGCAUCUCA